AUGCCUAACGCUAAGGACACUGCCUCCGUCGCCCUAUUAGCGGUCCCCUUAGCCGUGCGCGCCUCCGCUACCGCCGCUACCCCUGCCACCGCCGCUAGCCGCCGCCCCUUUACCCCUAGAGCCGCUGCCGCCGCCGACUAG